AGUCCGAAGGAGCGCAGUGUGUAGUUUACUGAGCUAACGUUAAAGUACAAAGCCACCAUGUUCUGCGAAUGGAUCUUAUACGUAAUUUUUUACCUGCUCUCGGCAGUUUUAACUGCAUUUCUUGCGUAUUGUCUGUACAUUCAUCAUCUUCAUCAGAAAUAUGAUCAUAUACCUGGACCUCCAAGAGACAAUUUUCUGCUUGGACAUUCACCAUCUCUUACUAAAGCGAUGUAUUCCGACGACAGCCUUAUACAUGACUUAUUUCUUCAAUGGGCAGAAAAAUAUGGCCCUGUUUACAGGAUUAACACUUUGCAUUAUAUCGCAAUAGUGGUUCACUGCCCAGAGGCUACGAAGACAAUCAUGAUGUCACCUAAGUAUGCAAAAGAUCCAUUUUCCUACAGACGCCUCUUUAACUUGUUUGGAAAAAGGUUCUUGGGAAAUGGGCUAGUUACAGCUGUGGACCAUGACAUCUGGUACAGGCAGCGUCGCGUCAUGGAUCCAGCCUUCAGCAGCUCAUACUUACGAAGCUUGAUAAGCACAUUUGACGAGAUGUCAGAACGCCUGAUGGACAAGCUGGAGGAAAUUGCUAACAACAAAACACCUGCCGUCAUGCAUGACCUGGUCAACUGUGUUACACUUGAUGUCAUUUGCAAGGUGGCUUUUGGUGUUGAUUUAAACUUUUUGACUCAAAAAGAAAGUCCCUUCCAGAAUGCAGUAGAGCUGUGUUUAAAUGGCAUGGCCUUGGAUGCCAGGGACCCAUUAUUUAGGCUUUUUCCCAAAAAUUGGAAGCUUAUACGACAAAUUAGAGAUGCAACUGAACUUUUGCGUAAAACAGGAGAGAAAUGGAUACAAAACAGGAGGAUAGCAGUGAAAAAUGGAGAGGACGUCCCCAAAGACAUUCUCACACAAAUCCUCAAAAUAGCAGAGGAGGAAAAUGUUAAUAGCGCAGAAGAUCUUGAGCAGAUGAUGGACAAUUUUGUGACUUUCUUCAUUGCUGGCCAAGAGACAACAGCCAAUCAGCUCUCAUUUGCAAUCAUGGCAUUAGGGAGAAAUCCGGAGAUAUAUAAACGAGCUAAAGCAGAGGUGGAUGAAGUCCUCGGGACCAAAAGAGACAUUUCAAUCGAAGACCUUGGAAAAUUUACUUACUUGUCCCAGGUGUUGAAGGAAACCCUGCGUUUGUACCCCACUGCUCCAGGAACCAAUCGCUGGCUUCAUGAGGACAUGGUCAUAAACGGCAUAAAAAUCCCUGGAGGCUGUUCUGUUAUGUUCAGUUCUUUUGUCUCCCAAAGACUGGAAAAGUUUUUCAAAGAUCCGUUGAAGUUUGAUCCAGAAAGGUUUGAUGAGAAUGCACCAAAGCCUUAUUACUGCUACUUCCCGUUUGCACUUGGUCCACGUACCUGUCUAGGGCAGGUCUUCUCACAGAUGGAGGCAAAAGUUGUGCUUGCCAAACUGCUCCAGAGAUUUGAGUUCAGUCUGGUCCCUGGACAGUCUUUCGACAUUAAAGACACCGGAACUCUACGGCCCAAGAGCGGAGUGAUCUGCAACAUUACGCAGUGUUCAUAGGACAUGAUUGGGUCUCUAAUGACAGCUCUUCUGAAAUAAAUCUUGUAUUAAAACAUUAAUCAGAAAAUGUAAGUUGUAACAGAGUGAUCCAUCAAUUGAUUACAAUAUAUAUUAACUUUAAUGAAAACACAUUAACUCACAGUACAUUAAUUAAUAUUAGGGCCCAAUCCCAAUUCUACCCCUUAGCCCUUCCCCUUACCCAAUUCUGGUGUCCCAAUUCUCUUUAGCUUGAAGGCGUAGGGCUAAGGGAAAGGGGUGAAUACCCCUUCGACUGAAAACCUUUCAGGACCACACUCAAAACCAAGGGGUAAGAAAAUUUCCCAGAAUACACCAGCCACAGUUGCACCCGGAGGUAAGGAGAUCCACAAAUUAGUAUUUUUUUGUCAUUAUUAUAAACUUUUACAACAAACAAGCACAUUUAAUAUAUUCAUAACCGCAUUCGUGUUUUACCGUCAUGCUUUAAAAAAAACACAAAAACAAAAACCGCUAAAUUUCGCUAUCUGUAAUCUUUAAUAAUAACUCUUUUAUAGCUGUCCCACAACAUUCUGACACUCAAAUACCCUGUCUGAAAAGUCUAGUGUCUGGGAAUGAGCUUUUUACUGUGUCUGCUAUAAUGUUAAUGUUGGUUUUGGUGUGUUUACUUAGAUGAAUAUGGACACUGUGUAAAUGCACAGUACAGUUAUGAUCUUAUUGCCACAUUAUAUCGUUAUGAUAACAUGAUAUAUGCUUUCAGUGAUUUCCUGAACAUAAAUACUACAAAAUAACACAACUGGAAUAACUACAGCAAUCGCGAUCGUCUGAUCUUUUUUUUUUUUUUAAACUUCCCAGGUUCUGCAGGUUGCAAUGUUCUGAAUUUUGCUUGCCAAUCUUAAUGGAUUGUUUUGAUUCAAUUUUGAAUUUCCCCAACCAGCGCAGAGCCUGGGGAACCAGAGUGAGUGCUCCGACUUGCAAAAAAACAAAAACCUUACUCUAGCACUUCUUGUAUGUAUUGCCUCUUGUUAAAUCGCUGAAUUCCUCCUCAGAUGUAAGUUGCUUUUGAUUAAACCGAUAAUUAAAUGAUGCAUUAAAAUCAUUUAUAAGCGUUCUAAA